GAUGUUGAAAAUGCUACGAACUUUUGUGAGUACGUGACCCGAAUUCGCUUAUGCGGCUUCGAUCGCCGCUAGAGAUUUUUGUUGCAAACGCAUCUCAUUCAAGUCGGCCAUUUUACUGAUAAUGUUUUCUCAUUAUUAAGAAAAGUUAAUCGAGUUUAUUUUUGAUUGAAUCAUUAAUAUACCUCGUGCAAGUGCAAUAAGUAACACGAGAGACUUUAGAAAUAUGGUGGUGUGGACGAACGUGUGAAAUUGUGGUUUUCAAUGACGAAACAUUGUUGAUUUGGAUUUUUGAUCGUAAAACACUACGAUAAUGUCGGUGACCGGGGAUGAUGUUUGUACAUCGAGUGGUGGAGUAUCUAUCCAAGUAUUUCGCCCAACAUGGGAUGAAUUCAAAGACUUCAAUAAAUACAUACAGUACAUGGAGUCGAAAGGAGCCCACAAGGCUGGACUCGCUAAGGUGAUCCCUCCUCCCGAGUGGAUUCCACGGAAGAAAGGCUACGACUUGGACGAGCUGAACGUCACCAUACCUUCUCCUAUUUGUCAAGUCGUCACUGGGAAGCAGGGUUUAUUUCAACAGAUCAAUAUUCAAAAGAAAUCUAUGACCGUAAAACAGUUUGCCGUGUUAGCAAACUCCGCUAAGUAUUGUACUCCUAAACACACAAACUACGAUGACUUGGAAAGAAAAUACUGGAAGAACGUCACGUACGUUGCACCAAUAUACGGUGCUGAUGUCAAUGGUAGCAUAACUGAUCCAGACGUGAAAGAAUGGAAUAUUAAUCACCUCGGGACGAUCCUGGACUUUGUAAACUCUGAUUAUGGUAUAGAAAUCGAUGGCGUUAACACAGCUUAUCUGUACUUCGGUAUGUGGAAGACAACCUUUGCUUGGCACACCGAGGACAUGGACUUGUAUUCAAUAAAUUACCUACACUUCGGCGAGCCCAAGACCUGGUAUGCUAUCCCACCAGAACAUGGAAAAAGAUUUGAACGAAUUGCGUCUGGCUUCUUUCCGACAUCUGCUAAAACAUGCCAAGCUUUCCUGAGACACAAAAUGACAUUAAUAUCACCUCAAAUUUUGAAACAAUAUUCUGUACCAGUCAAUAAAAUUACUCAGGAGUCCGGUGAAAUAAUGAUAACAUUCCCGUAUGGAUACCAUGCAGGUUUUAAUCAUGGUUUUAAUUGUGCUGAAUCAACAAACUUUGCAGCACCGAGAUGGGUUGAAUACGGCAAACGAGCUUUGCAAUGUACCUGCAGUAAUGAUAUGGUGAAGAUAUCUAUGGACACAUUCGUUAAACGAUUCCAGCCUGACCGUUAUGAGCUGUGGUUGAAAGGUCAAGAUAUAGGUUGCCACCCAGAACAACCAGAAAAAAUGGUCCCUGCACCCCAUCCCUCUGGUCAAGAUAUAUUAUGUAACAAAAAUAACACCGAGCUCCCUGAAUCGUUUAUAGAAGCAGAAGUGGAAGGAUUAAAGAAGAAGAAACGUCAUCCUUUACAUUUGAAAAGAGCAAUGGCUAGCAAGAGUAUAUCCGAGGGAGCUAUAGCUGUAUCUAUUCUUGGUCAUGACGUUAUGGACGAUGAUGAAAUGACAAUGGCAGAAGGAGACUUAGAUAUGAUGACCUCAAUGAAACGCCCUAUGAUGCCCAUGGAUCCAGACGAUACACAGCUAGAUGCUCUAGAAGACAUAUGGUUAAAAGGUGAUGAAAUGGACCCGUCUGAAGCCCAACUUCCUGAUAUUGGUUACAUUGAUUCCGACAGAGAUUCAGAUUAUGUCGCACCAGCCACUAAAAAGAAUACUAAAAUAAGGAAAAAACGAAAAGAAAGCAUUAAAAAGGAACCAAGGGAGAAGCUUACAAAAGAAGAAGGUGAUACUAGUCAAGAACAGGAGAAGGUAGCGUCUCAGCCCAAAAAGCAACGUAGAAAAAUGAAAUCUAAAAAACUAUCUGAUGAGCAGUUAGAAGACAUGGCAGCGGUGAUCUCUAGUUGGGAGUCACCACCUCAUGACGUCGAAGAUAGUAUUAAAAUUGAAUCAGAACCUGUUCCAUCACCUAAGACUGAUCCUUUACAUGAAAUACUCGCAUCACAAUCGAUCACAUUAGAUAAUUCAGUAGAGAUAAAAAAAGAACCUAAAAAACGCAAAUCCAAUACAAAAGCAGAUGCUGAGAAGAAAGAGAAACCUAAAAAAGAGAGGGUUAAGAAGGAACCAGUUAAACGUGAACCUAAAGUCAAGAAAGAAAAGUUGGAAGGGGAUCAGAAAGUUAAGAAACCUCGUAAACCUAGAACACCAAAGAAAGAUCCGAACUUUGCAUAUAGUUCACCACUCGAACCUAUUAUUGAUGAUCAGUCCAAAUUAUAUUCACAACUAAGUCAACCGAAACCCUCCACAGCAACUACAUCCACCCAACCUUCAACUACUACUCAAAAACCUCUUCAAACUAAUCCAAAGACUCCACUGAAAUCAUAUCCAAGUUUCCGCCUAGACUCUAGUCCCCGAGUACCUGCAGUAAUUCCGCCUAUUAACAAAAACCCAAGUGCAUUUCAAGGAGAGUUUCAUAAAUUUAUGAAAACUAAGCAGAAUACAGUCAUCGAAACAUCAGAAUCUUACUCUCGUAAGAAGACGCCUCCGAAGAAAGUUAUUGUGGAAAGUGUUGAGCUGAAAUCUUACCCGAGUACACCGGAGAAAACUCAAGAUAUACCAUUACCAGUUGGUCAAUAUAAUGACAGCAUUUUCUUAGACACACCAAUCGAUUAUAGAACAUUUGCACCUCCAAAUGGUACGGAAAGAUUACAUGAAACGAUGACUCAACCUAGUUACAGACAGGAGAGGAACCAAUGGAGGCCGGAAUCUAAGCAAUGUGUGUAUGUGUGACAGGCUUGCUUGAACGUGCUGACAAAACAAGAGGCGUCUCCAUGCGUUGAGAAGGAAGAGGUCAAGGUCGAGGUGGAAAGGUUCAUUGACCUCGCGAGGCAGAUGGAGGCCUUCUUCCUACAAAAAAGAUUCCUUUUGUCAGCCAUGAAACCAGAACUCCUCGUAAAGGAGGACAACAAUGAGCUGAAGUGCGAGUUACAGAGGAAAGAAGAAUUACUGAGGAGGCAUUAUGACAAGAUUAGUCAGUGGCAGAACCUCCUAGCAGAUUUGCAGGGUCACACGCAGUACAAUAAGUGUCAGCAACAAACGCCGCAGCCAGCUUUGCAGCAAGCAGCGUCCCCUAUGCAACAGCCGUGCAGUGUGCAGCAAAGCGUUCAGGCGCAGCAGAUGGCAGCAGCGGCAGCGGCGCAGCAAGCGGCGUUACAGCAACAGGCGCUACAGCAACAGCAGAUGCAAAAUAUGUUCAUGGCGGGUGGACGAGGCGGUUAUGCCGGCGCCACACUGCAGGGACCAUUGGCUUACUUGGAGAAGACUGCUACUAACAUAGAUAUGGUGGGACUGGGCGAUGGACGAAGGUGACGCGGCCGCGGGAGGGGCAGGGGUCGGGGCCGCGGCAGAGGCCGAGGCCGUGGCGCGUCCCCUGAGUAUGGCGGCAGCAUGACGCCGCCGUAGCGCCCCCUCCCGGCGCCACUCGCGCACCCCACACACACACUCGCUGACAGACAC